AACAACAACAACAACAACAACAACAACAACAACAACAACAACAACAACAACAACAACAACAACAACAACAACAACAACAACAACAACAACAACAAUCAAGCUUCUCGAGCUCCAGAGUCCUUGUGGCUGCGCCCUUCCAACCAUGCGGGACGCUUCCCCGGAUCCCGUGGAUAACGUUCCGGGCAGCGACAACCACACCCCCGAGCGCAAAUGGAGCGCCAAGGCGCUCGUCAGGCAGGCCGAGCGAUCGCACCGCCGACUGCCGGGCCUCCGCAAGAUCCCUCUGCCGGCGCUCGGGAUUAUUCUGUUCAUCGCGUUGCUGAAUGUGGUUGUGUGGAUUGCUGCGGCGAUUGUGCUGCGUUACCACCCAUCCCUCGUCUCCAACGCCGUGCUCUCCUACACCCUCGGCCUGCGACAUGCCUUUGACGCCGACCAUAUCUCGGCCAUCGACCUAAUGACCCGGCGUUUACUCGCGACCGGCCAGACACCCGUGACCGUGGGGACGUUCUUCUCGCUGGGCCAUUCCACAAUCGUAAUCAUCACCUCAAUAGUCGUCGCCGCAACCGCAGCGGCCAUCUCCUCACGCUUCGACAGCUUCAGCACGAUCGGCGGCAUAAUCGGCACGUCGGUCAGCGCCGCCUUCCUGAUUCUGCUCGGCCUCAUGAACGCCUACAUCCUGUACAAGCUGUACCGGCAGAUGCAGAAAGUGCUGAACCUGCCGGAGGACCGGGCGGACGAGAUCUGGAAGAUCGAGGGCGGCGGGGUGUUGUUUCACGUGCUGAAGCGGAUGUUCAAGUUGAUUGAUCGGCCCUGGAAAAUGUACCCCCUGGGCGUGCUGUUCGGGCUGGGGUUCGACACCUCGUCGGAGAUCGCGCUGCUGGGGAUCUCGUCGGUGGAGGCGGCCAAGGGGACGAAUUUCUGGGUGAUUCUGAUCUUUCCGGCGCUGUUUACGGGCCCAGCGGGGAUGUGCCUGCUCGACACGACGGACGGCGCGCUGAUGCUCUCGCUGUACGUGCAGCCGUCGGCCCACUUCCUGCCGCCGAAGAGCGAUGCCGCGUCGGAUGCGCCGCUUCUCUCGGGGCCGGAUGCGGGUGCAGGGCUGGAGGAGCACGGUGCCGAGCAAGAGCAGCAACCGAGAAACCACCGCGACCCCGUCGCGUUCCUGUACUACUCGAUCGUGCUGACCUGCCUUACGGUCAUUGUGGCGAUCGUGAUCGGCGUGAUCCAGGUGCUGACGCUUGUGCUGAACGUGGCGACCCCCACGGGGAAGUUCUGGGACGGCGUGCAGGUGGCCGGGGAUUAUUAUGAUGCCAUUGGCGGGGGCAUCUGCGGGUGUUUUCUGGUGAUUGGGGGGUUGAGUGUGCUGGUCUAUGGGCCGUGGCGGCGGUGGGUUGCUAGGCGGAAGGGGAGGGGGUUUGCGGUGGAUGUUGAGGGGUCUUCUGCUGGGUAUCGAGAUGAGGGUGGGGAGGAGGUGGUGUCUGGGGCUGGGGCUGGGGCUGGGGGUAAGGGGGCUACGGCUGCGGUUGCGGCUGUUGGGGGGCCUUCGGGCUGA